CUCCUAGCUGGUACGUGCACUCAUACAUGUUUCGGCUGGCAACGGCCCGCCAUUAACUUCUCAGCCUGCCGCCUCCUUCUUCCUCCUUGCUCAUCAUCGUCUCCACUCUCUCUCUCCCUCCCUAGCUCCCGCCGCGCGUUCGCAAUUCCCCAUUUACUCGGCUGCUCCGUACCACAGCCCACAGGGCAGCCAAGAUGGGCGGCGGAUCCAACUCCAAGGCCAAGGGGCAGCCGCGGGCGAUGGCGCCGGUGGCGGAGGUCGACAUCGCCGCCGUGCGCUACGAGCCGCGGCCGAUGCAGGCGCCGCACCUCACGGGCUUCGGCCUCAGGGCCUUCGUCUGGCUCCUCGAGUCCCGCCUCCUCGGCCCCAUCCUCCUCUCCGCCCUCAAGAAACAGAACAACAUGACGCAGAUGCUGCAGAACACGGUGAUCCCCGAGCGGCCCAUGUACUACCCGGAGUUCCCGCCGCAAGAGCCGGAGCAAGGAGUCGUGGUCGUGGCCGAAGACAGGGACCCUGUGGACAGGGUGGAGGAAGCGCUGCAGUGCCUCGCUCCGUAUGACCCGUCCGCACGUUUCACAUCGGUCGACGAGAAAAAUCCCUUCCUCUACUGGAAGAUCCGAGACUUCGCCUACGCGUACCGGUCCGGGAUCACCACACCAUCAGCUGUGGCCGACCAUGUCAUUGCGGGCGUGGAAGAGUGGAACAACAAGAAGCCUCCGAUGCCGAUGCUCAUCUAUUUUAACGCUGAUGACCUGAGGAAGCAAGCUGAUGCCUCCACAAAGAGAUUUGAGCAAGGAAAUCCAAUUUCCGUUCUGGAUGGGAUAUUUUUCGCCAUCAAGGAUGACAUUGACUGCUUCCCAUAUCCGUCAAAGAGUGGUACUACAUUUUUUGACAAAAUCCGCGCUGUGGAGAAAGAUGCAGUCUGUGUUGCUCGUCUACGGAAAUGUGGAGUAAUCUUCAUCGGGAAAGCAAAUAUGCACGAGUUCGGCCUUGGGGUAACUGGAAACAAUGCAAACUAUGGGACAGCAAGAAAUCCACAUUCAAUUGAUAGAUAUACUGGUGGUUCUUCAUCUGGUCCAGCUGCACUUGUCUCAUCAGGGCUAUGCUCAGCAGCGAUUGGAACAGAUGGUGGAGGUUCAGUUCGAAUUCCAUCUUCCCUAUGUGGCAUUGUUGGUUUGAAGACAACGUAUGGGCGGACAGAUAUGACUGGGGUACUUUGUGAUGCUGGGACUGUUGAAGUUGCUUCACCUCUUACAGCAUCAGUGGAGGAUUCUAUGCUAGUGUAUUCUGCACUUGCAGGCAGUAGACCUAUGGAUAAGCUUACUCUGAGACCUUUGCCGCUGUGUGUUCCUAACUUGGUGUCCUCUGACAACAGCAAUAUCCUACAAUCAGUAAAAGUGGGAAAAUAUACAGAGUGGUUUCAUGAUGUUUCUGAUAGUGAGAUCUCAAAUACAUGCGAUGAUGCACUUAACCUCCUGUGCAGCACCUUCGGAUGCCAGAUAGAAGAGAUAAUAUUACCAGAGCUUGAGGAGAUGCGUACUGCCCAUGUUGUCUCUAUUGGCUCAGAAGCACUGUGCGACCUGAAUGCUCAUUACCAAGAAGGGAGACGAACAGAACUGACAUUAGAUACUCGAACAAGUUUGGCACUUUUUGGGUCAUUCACUUCAACAGAUUAUGUUGCUUCUCAAUGUAUCAGGAGAAGGAUAAUGUACUAUCACAUGGAGGCUUUCAAAAAGGUUGAUGUCAUAGCAACCCCGACGACCGGCAUGACUGCGCCAAAAAUACCAGCAAGUGCUCUGAAGGUAGGAGAGUCAGAUUAUGUUGUAUCAGCUAACCUGAUGCGAUUCAUUUUAGCCCCGAACCUUCUUGGUUUGCCUGCCAUUACUGUUCCGGUUGGUCAUGACAAGCAAGGCCUUCCAAUCGGCUUGCAACUGAUAGGCCGUCCAUGGGGUGAGGCUAGCUUAUUGAGGGUGGCUUCAGCAGUAGAGGAGCUCUGCCUGAAGAAAAGGAAUCGGCCUUCCACAUUUUACGACAUCCUAAAGGCCUGAAACAGUCUAGUGCAAGUACAUAUGUAAUUCUGCAUUGAAACAUUGAAACUGUCAUUCGAGAACAUUUUUUACACACAUUUCCUUUGCUGUAGUAUUAAUAUGUUAGAGGUUUGUCAUAUGUGAGGACUCAGGAUAGACAGAGCAAACCCUCCUCCUGGUUUAGAGUAAAACAUCUUUAGGAGAUAUAAUAAGUUAAGCGAAAUAGCA